CAAGAAAACAAAAGUGAGAAGUACAAAACAUGGAGACUGUUUCCGCCAAAAACCUAACACUCCCCAUCUCCGUCGAUGAAACGGCCAACUUCACCAUAUACUCCUCCGCAGUCCACAAAGUCGUGGUCAUGGUCAACGCCGGAAUUCUAGGAUUACUCCAGCUUGUUAGCCAACAGUCCUCUGUUUUGGAAACACAUAAAGCCUCAUUCCUUUGUUUCUGUGUUUUCGUUCUAUUCUACGCCGUUCUUCGCGUCCGUGAAGCCAUAGACGUGCGCCUACGACCCGGUUUAGUCCCCAGACUCGUUGGACACGCGAGCCAUCUCUUCGGCGGUCUAGCAGCUCUUGUGCUCAUCUCCGUCGUUUAUGCCGCAUUUGCUAUCGUUCUUCUUAUUCUUUGGUUUAUCUGGCUCUCGGCAGUAGUUUACAGCACUUUCAGUGAAACCAUGAUCAUGAUCUACUUGGAGACAAACAAACCCAGUGCAUGUUCACCUCAGUUACCACCAGUUUAACAUCUCGUGGUUUUAUGUAUGGAUGGGUGUGAGAUGAAAGUUAAUGUAAAAUGGAUGAACAAUCAACACGGUUUAGGUUAAACCCGCAGUGACGUUAUAUUUAUUAAAGAAAUUUUUUCAAU